GUACUGGGGGGCCCUGGGAGCAGCGCCGGGCCGCCAGGGAGCGCUGUGAACUCCAGCCAAGGCUCGCUCCACUGUCAGUUCGCACGUGACGUCACAACCCCGCGCCGCGCAGUGACGUCACUGUACGCGCCGCGCGGUGCCGGCAUGGCGGCGGCGGAGCAGGACCAGGAGGCCGCGGCGCCGCCACAGAAGCGCUUCUACCGGCAGCGCGCGCACUCGAACCCGCUGGCCGACCACACCCUGUGCUACCCAGCGCCCGCGGCCUCCCUCUCCCUCUCCCUCUCCCUCCCUCUGUGCUCCCCGCCGCCCGCAGUGGCUCUGGCCGAGCGCUUCCCGCGGACGCUGGCGCUGGGGCUGGAGCUGCGGGGGAAGGUGGCCGCGUUCACGCGCGCCAGGAUCCGCGCGCUGCGGGCGGCGCAGCCCGGCCGCUUCGGCAACGUGGCGUGCGUGAGGGGCAACGCCAUGAAACACCUGCCCCACUUCUUCCAGAGGGCACAGCUCUCCAAGCUGUUUUUCCUGUUCCCUGACCCCCAUUUCAAGCGCACCAAGCACAAGUGGAGAAUCAUCAGCCCGGCCAUGCUGGCCGAGUACGGCUACGUGCUGCGGCCCGGGGGCCUGGUGUACACGGUGUUUGACGUGCCCGAGCUGCACCAGUGGAUGCUGCAGCAUUUUGGGGAGCACCCCCUGUUCGAGCCCCUGCCCCCCGCACAGCUGGCCGCGGACCCGCUGCUGCCGCUGCUGCCGGCGGUGACCGAGGAGGGGCAGCGGGCGCGGCGGGCGGGGCGCCCCCCCUGCACCGCCGUGUUCCGCCGCCGCCCCGACCCCCCCCCGUCCCGCUGUCUGUCCCGUGUCCCGCUGCCGCGGACCCGCUGCUGCCGCUGCUGCCGGCGGUGA